AUGUCUCAAGAAACUCAUAACGACUUAGAUAUUACCAGCAAUAGUGGAGAUAUGACUCUUGCUGUAGAAGCUAGUAAGGAUAUUAACUUCGAGGAUGAUGCCAUUGUUAUUGACAAUGAAGAUAUAGAUUUUAAUUUUGUCGAUAAUGAGGAUAUUGGCUUUGCUUUUGAUGACAGUAGUUAUAUAAGUUUCACUCCUGAUAACGAUGAAAAUACAAACGUUAAUAGUGAUGAUGUAGACUCUACUAUCGAUUCAAGUAGUAAAGACACAUCUGUUAAAUAUAGUAAGAGUGUUUCAAAACGGAAUGGACAUGGGCAACGUACAUCUAUUGUAUGGGAAUUUUUUUCUGAAGAAAAAAAUGAAGAUCAAGAAGUAGUUGCAAUUGUUUGUAAUAUUUGCAAGAAGAAAUGGAAACCGGGUAACACAACUGGGACUUUUGCAAUUCACCUUAAUAAUAAACAUCAUAGAAAUAUUUCUCUGAAACAGCAGACACUCUUACGUUUUGCAACUACACCAUAUACACCAAAAGAAGCAAAACGAACAAAUGAAAUUACUAAAUCAAUAGUUGAUUUUAUCGUGUGUUACCAAUUACCUUUUACUGUUGUAGAUAAUAAGUACUUUAGAAAAAUGGUUAGUGUUCUUGAUCCACGCUAUCGUGUUUUAUGCCGACAAAUAUUGAGUAAUGAAAUAAUGAGCCAGUUCGAAAAUACACAUGAAAAAAUAAUAAAUUUACUUGAAAAUGUUAGCUCAAUAGUUUCAGUUACAUGUGAUAUAUGGACAGCCAUAUCUAACCAAGCGUAUUUGGGAAUAACUAUACAUUAUAUCGAUGACAAUUGGGAAUUAAGAAGCUUUCUCCUUGAUUUAAUACACUAUCUGGACCAUCAUUAUGGUACACAUACCAAAGACCUGCUCCUAACAUUAUUCAAUAAAUUUAAAAUCAUACAAAAUAUUAUGGGACUUACUACUGAUAACGAUGCAAGUAUGAUCGUCGCAGGGCGUGAGUUACAAGUGGCCCUUUCAUCUUUAGAAAAUAAUAAUUUUGUGCAUUGUCGAUGCGCAGCACAUAUCUUAAAUAUCGCGGUAAAACAUGGUAUGCAGCUCGAAACUAUAAUUAUUGAGAAAGUUAGAAAUUUCAUAAAAAAAGUCCGCCACUCUCAAUUAUUAUGUGACAGUUUACGAAAUAUUUGUGCUAUACAAGAAGUUGAAUACUUAAAACCAGAGCUUGACAUUGAGACGCGUUGGAACAGUACGUUCCUAAUGUUGCAAAAGUUCAAUAGGAUGAGUGAAAUAUUAGAAUUUUUGGUUGCAAAGAACAAAAAACAGCUCGAAGAUUCAUGGCUUGAUGAAAGUGAUUCUUAUCCAGCUAUCAGUGACAUUCGUCUUGUGUUUAUUGGGCUACAGCGCCACCUUGAUCAAUAUCUCUCUAACUAUGAAGAGGAUGAAUGCUAUAUGGCACAAUCAAUAAUGCACAAACUAGAAGAGUAUUGGAACAUUAUUGAAGAAUCGACUAUAUUACCCACCUUACUUAAUCCAUGUUCAAAGUUGAAAACUUUUGUUACAUGUGAAACCCGAUCGGCUGCU